AUGACGAGGAGCACUUACCUUGUUGUGGCCCUCCUGGCCUCGGUGCUUCUGGUGGUGAGCUUCUGCAAUGCCCAAUUCCAAGAGAACCCUGGCCUCCUGCUGCCGAGCCAAGGGGAUGGAAUGGAGGUAGGGAAGAAGAAGCCAUGGCCGUGCUGUGACAUGUGCAUAUGCACCAGGUCGAUGCCGCCGCAGUGCCAGUGCUAUGACGUGUUGGUGGGCGGCUGCCACCGCAACUGCAAGAGCUGCUUCUGCACCAGGUCGAAUCCGCCCUCAUGCCGCUGCACGGACGUCAUCUACGAAGACUGCGGCAAGCGCUGCCACCCGUAG